CUUCCGGAGCGGGAUGCGGUGAGCUGGGUCUUGCUGUGCUUCAGCUCCCUCUUGGUCUGCAUCUUGGCCCUCACUACCGCAAUGAGCUUCCUCAAAAGUCUCCCGCCACCCGGGUCGGCUGAGGGGCUCCGGCAGCAGCAGCCAGAUACCGAGGCGGUGCUGAAUGGGAAGGGCCUGGGCACCGGCACUCUUUACAUCACUGAGAGCUGCCUGUCUUGGUUAGAUGGCUCUGGAUUGGGAUUCUCACUGGAAUACCCCACCAUUAGUUGGCAUGCAGUGUCUAGGAAACUAAAUGCCUAUCCAUGAGAGCAUUUAUAUGUUACUACAGUAAAUUUGGUGAAUGCCAAAUUUGAAGAAGAAUCAAAAGAAUCUGUUACUGAUGAAGAAGAGGAAGGCAGUGAUGAUGAUGUUGAACCUAUUGCUGAAUUUAGAUUUGCGCCUAGUGAUAAAUCAGCAUUGGAGGCAAUGUUCACUGCAAUGUGUGAAUGCCAGGCUUUGCCUCCAGAUCCUGAGGAUGAAGAUUCAGAUGAUUAUGAUGGAGAAGAAUAUGAUGUGGAAGCACAUGAACAAGGGCAGGGGGACAUGCCUACAUUUUACACCUAUGAAGAAGGAUUAUUCCACUUGACGGCCAAAGGCCAGGCUACACUGGAGAGAUUCGAAGGAAUGCUUUCUCAGUCUGUGAGCAGCCAGUAUAACAUGGCUGGAGUCCAGACAGAAGAUUCAAUAAGAGAUUAUGAAGAUGGGAUGGAGGUAGAUACUACACCCACAGUUGCUGGACAGUUUGAGGAUGCAGUGGUUGAUCACUGAAAAUGAUUUUAUGUUGCUUUGGGAUUCUGCUCAUAACUGUAGGAGAGAACCUGGUGCCUUUUCCUCUGUGGAGUGGGUGUUGAUGAAAAUAUUUUUCCUUCUCCAAAACUUCCUGAACCAGUUCUUUCUUGAGACAGACUGUAUGAGACAAGUUGUCACCAGCAGAAGAAACUAUGACCUUUAUAAACCAAGGUGAAUUUACUUAACCAAGAGGGUAUUUGUAGUUUAUCUUUUAUCCCCAAAUUUUCUGUGUUUAGGUACCUUUUGAGUAGGCCUAUAAUUCCUGCCUUCAGUGUAUGUAUCUUCCGUAAUCUAGCAGGGGUAUGGGGUGAAAAUGCACGGGCACUUAGGUGUUGGUAGACGGGAUGGAAAAGAGGCUGAAUCUAAGAUAGACCCCUUUAGGGCCUAA